GUCAGAAUUGAAGUCCGUCAGUGAGUCAUUCACAACAGUGCAAAGCUGUUACAUUGAUCAGAAACAUUUUAUCUAUUCAUCGUUAAAGAGUAACUUAAUCUAUAAUAAUGUCUGCACCAAAGAAAGGAGACCUGACCGAUACUGAGAAAGAGCUGCUUCGAGUUAUUGCUGCAGGGAAUGUGCAAGAAGCCUCCAGGUUGCUUGGAUCCAAAGAUGUCAGGGUCAACUCUCUGGAUGAGUAUGGCAUGACCCCCCUCAUGCAUGCUGCAUACAAGGGAAAGGCAGAUAUGUGCAAACUGUUACUGCAGCACGGAGCAGACGUCAACUGCAAUGAGCAUGAACAUAGCUACACUGCACUCAUGUUUGCGGGGCUCUCAGGAAAGACAGACAUCACCUGGAUGAUGUUGGAUGCUGGAGCAGAGACGGAUGCAGUGAACUCAGUUGGGAGAACGGCUGCACAAAUGGCAGCUUUUGUUGGGCAGCAUGAUUGUGUGACGGUCAUCAAUAAUUUCUUCUCCCGAGCAAGGCUGGACUACUACACAAAACCCCAAGGGCUGGAAAAGGAACCGAAACUCCCUCCCAAACUCGCUGGACCAUUGCACAAAAUUAUUAUGAGUACCAAUCUCAAUCCUUUAAAGAUAGUAAUGUUGGUGAAGGAAAACCCUCUGCUGAUGGAUGUGGGGGCACUUGAGAAGUGUCGCAAGGUUCUGGAGCUGAUCUGCGAGAAAUGUGUGAAGCAGCAGGAUAUGAAUGAGGUGUUGGCCAUGAAGAUGCACUACCUCAGCUGUGUGCUGCAGAAAUGUGGCUCUUUCCUUAAAGAUCGCCAGGACAAACUUGAUGGCCUCAUCAAGAGCCUCCUGAAAGGGCGAGACAGCGAUGGCUUCUUGGUGUUCCAGGAGAAGUUCAUCCGGGAGUGUAUCCGGAAAUUUCCAUAUUGUGAUGCUACGUUAUUACAGCAGCUGGUUCGGAGUAUUGCUCCAGUGGAAAUUGGUAAUGACCCCACGGCUUUGUCAGUGCUCACUCAGGCCAUCACGGGGCAGGUGGGUUUCAUGGAUGCAGACUUCUGCACCUCCUGUGGUGAGAAAGGGGCAGACAAGAGAUGCUCCAUCUGCAAAAUGGUGAUCUACUGUGACCAGGCUUGUCAGAAGAUGCAUUGGUUCACCCACAAGAAAGUCUGUAAGAUGUUAAAGGAGCAGAGAGAGGAACAUGAAGCGGAGUCAGCCAUGCGACUACAAAAACAGGCAAAAGCAGAGGAAAAUCAAGCAUUGGAGGAGACGACCAGCACUUUGGAAGAGCUCUCAAUCAGUCAGAGUGACACCACCAGCCCUUCAGAUAACCAAACUGAGGAUGUUACCUCUGACACGGUCCCUGUUACUGCAGAUUGAGUCACAAAAUUUACUGUACCCUAUAGACACAGAUUCAACCCAGCAAGUUUAUUAUUGUUGUGUUCAACAUUAACAUCAAAGAUCCAUUUAAGCCAAAAGAGAGCAAAUCCGCAACCUUGCCCAGAGGUUACAACAGUAUUGUUCAUGGUUCUUGCUAUUCUAAAGGACAUACUGUAACAGGAAAAAACAAUUUUCCACACAAAUGCACUGGAUGAAGGGCCCAUGGGAGACAAAUAUAGAUUUCUUUUUAUGUUUACGUUGAAAAUAUUUGUAUUUAUGUUUUUAAAAAUCGUAGUGUCAUAGCGGAUUUAUUGUUGACAGUCGUAUGUGUGAUGUAGGUUUUGCCUUCGGAAAGAUAAUGUAAUACUAUAUUUCUGCAAGACGUUGAAGCCUGCGCCUUAAAUUUCUCUUUCUGUAGUUAUGACAGGAGAUACGAUUCAUGGAAGUUGGCAACAGCUUAUAAGGCAAAUCAUUUUCUGUCUUAAUUGUAAAGCUGUAGAAUUUUAUUUAACGCUCGUGUUGUGUUCUUUUUGUGCUGACUUUGUGUUCCCGGUAAAAAAUGAGCAGCCCAUUAGGAUUUUUUAUAAAUCUCUCAUAUUGCAUAUAUUAUCACAAGAUAUUCUAUUAGAUCUUUUUAUCAUCUUAUUUUUUAGUAAUUAUGAUGUACUAAUUAUGAAAUUUUUGUACUUCUUUUUUGAAAAUAUUAUACACAUACAUACAUACACAUAUUUUUUUAAUUAUUGAUAUAAGGAUUAAUUUAACUGAGCUUAUCGGGCUGGGGGGGGGCACUCUCUGCUGAAAACCUAAUAAUAAUAAUAAUUGCGCAAUAAAAUUAACCACUUGCUUGUUCUGAACAAAAUAAAUGUCAAUUUAAAGCUUAGAAUCUGAACUUUACAAUGCAUAUAGCUGAUACUUCCAAGUCUUAAAUAAUGUUUUUUUAAUUUGCUGAAAAAUAAAAACUGUUUCAUUCUCAUAUUUGAGAAUUCCCACUCUUUUCAACCAAUGAAUUUCCAUGACUUGAAAGAUAAUUUUCAAGCCCAAACAUUUUGCCUUCCAUUCUGAAAAUGGCACAGAAAUCACACAAUUGCAAAUUUGAAAAAAAAAAUAAAUAAAUAAAUAAAUAAAUAACUAUUUAAUUUUACAUUUAAUCCAUACAAACACAUUGCAUGAAUCCUAAAAUGGAUUGGGAUUAGUGGCAUCGUUGUCUCACUUGGUUCGAUUGCUCGGACUGUACCCGGGUUAGUUUCCUCGCCCCCUUCCCCUGCUGGUCUGUUCACAUUUUAUUAUUUCGGUCUGAACUGCUUUAUGAUUGAGUCAUCAACGUGUGUACAAACCGCAGCUGUUUACCACUAUAACUAGGCAACAACUCAAGAAGACAUCAGCUUUGCUGUGUUAUUAAAGUAUUCAUCUCUUUGGAUUUACCACCAAAACUUUACAUGCACAAAACAAUGCUUAUGUUUGUCUCUCAUGGAUGCAUUGAAUGUGCAAUGAUGUGAUGAAAAUUAGCAUUUGUCAGCCAUGAGCACACGGAUGCAUUACUAAAGAAGUGAAGAAUGUGAGCUGCUCUCUGAAGGGGAUUAACUUAGACACAAGAUACGCAGGUGUGAGAAAUGCAGUAUACCAUAAUAAUUGCGAUUGGGAGCCUAUAAAGAUGCAAACUAAACAUCAUCACAAGCAGUUCACUUUAGGGCUGGGCAAUAUGCAGGCCCAGCUCCACAGGGGGUCCUGGCCCACCCAAUCAUGAACUUGGCCCACCUUGAAAACUACACCCACCCCUCCAACUGUUUGGCCCACCCGUCAGGUCAUAUGGCCCACAUUAAAUCUUAGAGCUGGAGCCAGGCCUGGCGAUUGGACUACGUAAUUGUAUAUCGAUGCUAUCUUACAGAGAACCUGAUGCUGAUUGCGACACUCAUUUGACCAAAGAUGAUUGACAAUACAGAGAAAUGGAAAAAAACAAGGAUCUGGGAAGUCAGCAAAUAUAUUAAAUUGUAGCCCAGGAAACUAUCACCAGCCAGAUGCAACAAGGCUAAAUCCAGUUUGCAAGCUCCUCGUCCAAAUGUAUUUCAUUCGGGAGUAAUUUUGCUCAUCUACCCACAAAAGGCGAGCUACCUAUAAGAUGUCUCGGAGUGACACAUGACAAGAAAUGCUGUUUGACACAAAGACUCAUGCUUGAAGAAACACACUUAUUACAUAUUAUAAGAAAAGCCAUCAGUGCUUGUGUCGGAUUUGCUGUUUGUUCAGAGGCGCGCAGCACAAGCCUGUCUUUUGGAACAAGCACAUGUACAGAUAUCACUCUGUUUCAUUCGUCUGAAAACUGUUUGCAAGAAUAAUGUCAUCUAUAAGAAUGCUGUAAAUGAUCUCCGAUCAUCUCAGGAGGUGCUGUGAGUUUAGUUUGUGCUUAAAAUGCAUUGUGAACGCAACUCUGCAGGCUCAGUAAUAUAUUUCUUUGUAUUAAAGUAACAAAGACGAAAGUGAUUAAAUCAUGCAAUAAUACAAGACACAUUCACCUUGAACCUAAAAUUGAGUUCUAUUUUUUAGGCAGCAUUAACUGUUUUACCAAAACACGAUAAAAACACAUUUAGCAUCAUUAUUUUGGGAACACAAGGGAAUUUAUUAAGCUUUAUUAUAAUGAUUACAAUUGUCUUUAGUUCCUAAUUGUUAGGCAAUUAGUAAUUUUCCACCUACUGUCGUUGACGUAUACUUGCGUAAUCGCAAAUGUGGCUGUUGGAGAAAGUGAAUGGUUUGUAUUUGGGGAGGUGGUUAUAUAUAAGAUUUUUAUAGUUAUUUUAUAUUAUUAUUUAAUGUUUUUUUUUCAUUUAGGUUAAAGUACUAUUUGAAUUUAGAAAUGUCUUUUAUGUUCUUUGUGUUUCAAUAAAUUAAUUUAAAAGAAAUUUUCACCGACCCUUGGCAGGAGGGUAGACGAUAUA